GAAUCAACCACUUAUUAAUAAAACGUUGUUGAACAAAAGCAUAAUUCAAUACAUUUGCCAUAUUUAAAAUCAAUUAGAAUAUUUAACAAAUAUCCAAAGGCAGUUAAUAAAUUACUUACGUAAACAGUAGCAACCAGAAGGUAUCAAAUAAACAGAAAUACGAACCACAUACGAACCAUCAGCAACAAUAAAUUAUUCACAUUGCAUAUAUAUAUAAAUAGAAAAAACGAAGAAUCAUGUAUUAAAGUAAAUUUAUUCAAAAUAGAAAUGUUCAAUUUCCAUAACUCAGCAAACCAAAUAACGCACAACAGCAACUGCAACAUCACAAGCCACAAUAACAAUAGUUUCAGAAACAAUAAUAACAAAAGCCACAAAAUGCAUUUGAAAAGUGCAACAGCAACAGCAACGGCAGCGUCAACGUCAACGUCAACUACAACAGUUAAAACAACAGUACAGAAACAUAUUUUAAGUAAAUUUUAUGGAUAUGGUUGGAUGCAAGUCUUCCUACUACUGACAGUCUUCGUGAUUGGAAAUCAAAGUGCCUGGCAGGAGAAUAUACGACCAAAACUCUACGUUGAAUUAGGUCCCGAAGAUAUACUAAAGUUUCUGGGCAACGAGAGCGUAGUGGAUCACUUUAAGCUCGUCACCAGGGACGGCAACAGCCUGCUCAUCGGUGGAAGGAAUACGGUUUUUAAUUUAAGCAUACACGAUCUCACUGAACAGCAGCGUCUAGUCUGGACAUCGCCGGAGGAUGAUACCAAGAUGUGUCUCGUCAAAGGCAAGGAUGAGGAGGCCUGCCAGAACUACAUCCGCAUAAUGGUUGUGACAUCGCCGGGCCGCCUCUUUGUCUGCGGCACCAAUUCCUUCCGGCCAAUGUGCAACACGUACAUCAUCAACGAGAGCAACUACACGCUGGAGGCCACAAAGAAUGGCCAGGCCGUGUGCCCCUACGACCCCCGCCACAACUCCACCUCUGUCCUGGCUGACAAUGAAUUGUAUUCUGGUACUGUGGCGGAUUUCAGCGGCAGCGAUCCGAUUAUCUACAGGGAGCCCCUCCAGACGGAGCAGUACGAUAGCCUGAGUCUCAACGCCCCCAACUUUGUCAGCUCGUUCACGCAGGGAGACUUUGUCUAUUUCUUUUUUCGGGAAACCGCAGUGGAGUUCAUAAACUGUGGCAAGGCGAUUUAUUCGCGCGUUGCCCGCGUCUGCAAGUGGGACAAGGGUGGCCCGCAUCGUUUCCGCAAUCGCUGGACAUCGUUCCUGAAAUCCCGUCUCAACUGCUCCAUUCCGGGCGAUUAUCCCUUUUACUUUAAUGAAAUCCAAUCGGCGAGCAACUUGGUGGAUGGCCAGUACGGAUCGAUGAACUCCAAGCUGAUCUACGGAGUCUUCAAUACCCCGACCAACUCCAUUCCGGGCUCUGCGGUUUGUGCCUUCGCCCUGCAGGACAUUGCCGACACGUUCGAGGGACAGUUCAAGGAGCAGAGCGGCAUCAACUCCAACUGGCUGCCAGUGAACAACGCCAAGGUACCUCAUCCUCGCCCUGGUGCCUGCCACAACGACUCCAGAGGCCUCACGGACCCCACAUUGAAUUUCAUCAAAACACAUUCGUUAAUGGACGAGAAUGUGCCGGCAUUUUUCGGUCAACCGAUUUUGGUCCGGACGAGCACAAUAUAUCGCUUCACACAAAUCGCUGUCGAUGCGCAAAUAAAGACUCCGGGUGGCAAGACCUAUGAUGUUAUUUUUGUGGGCACAGACCAUGGCAAGAUCAUUAAGUCGGUCAAUGCCGAAUCCGCCGAUGCCGCCGACAAAGUCACAUCGGUGGUCAUUGAGGAGAUCGAUGUCCUGACCAAAAGCGAGCCCAUUCGCAACCUGGAAAUAGUUCGAACCAUGCAGUACGAUCAACCCAAAGAUGGCAGCUAUGAUGAUGGCAAAUUAAUCAUUGUGACUGACAGCCAGGUGGUGGCCAUACAAUUGCAUCGUUGUCAUAAUGACAAAAUCACCAGCUGCAGCGAGUGCGUUGCAUUGCAGGAUCCUUACUGCGCCUGGGACAAAAUUGCUGGAAAGUGUCGCUCCCACGGCGCACCCAGAUGGCUGGAGGAGAACUAUUUCUACCAGAAUGUGGCCACUGGCCAGCAUGCGGCCUGCCCCUCAGGCAAAAUAAACUCAAAGGAUGCCAAUGCGGGGGAACAGAAGGGAUACCGCAAUGAAAUGGACUUAUUGGAUUCGCGACGCCAGAGCAAGGAUCAGGAGAUCAUCGACAAUAUUGAUAAGAACUUUGAAGGUCCCCAAAUAUCCGCAGAUAUAAUCAACGCCCAGUACACGGUGGAAACUCUGGUAAUGGCCGUACUGGCUGGCUCGAUCUUCUCCCUGCUGGUGGGCUUCUUUACAGGCUACUUCUGUGGUCGGCGCUGCCACAAGGACGAGGACGACAAUCUGCCAUAUCCGGAUACGGAAUAUGAAUACUUUGAACAGCGGCAAAAUGUUAAUAGUUUCCCGUCAUCGUGCCGCAUCCAGCAGGAGCCCAAGCUGCUGCCACAAGUGGAAGAGGUGACGUAUGCGGAGCCUGUUUUGUUGCCACAACCUCCACCGCAAAACAAGAUGCACUCGCCAAAGAACACACUCCGAAAGCCUCCCAUGCACCAGAUGCACCAGGGCCCCAACUCGGAGACACUUUUCCAGUUCCAGCCGGAUGGCUACAACACCCAACAAUCCUACCGCGGCCGCGACAACUUUGGCACGCUGCGCUCUCACCAAGUGAUGGGCGAUAACUACAGACGCGGUGAUGGCUUUUCCACCACCCGCAGCGUUAAGAAGGCUGUAAACAACACAAACACACGUAAUAGAAGUCUUGGUCGCGCAAGAAGACAGCCGCCCCGUCAUGGUAUUGUAACUCAACACCGCUCGAAUAGCCCCCAACAACAGCAGCAGCAGCAACAACAGCCGCACUCCAGUUCCGGGUCCUCGCCCGUAAUGUCCAACAGCAGCAGCAGUCCGGCCCCUCCAUCCAGCAGCCCCAGUCCGCAGGAGAGCCCCAAGAACUGCAGCUACAUCUACCGUGAUUGA